AUGAAGAAGAACGAUGAACUGGAGGAUUUCGCCAAUCGUAUGGCAAAACUUAAAAUGGAUCAGGACAAUUCAAAGACUCCAGUUUCAGAUGACGAACUAAAAAAUCGGUUUGCGUCAGUGUUUUCAAGGCAACCUAUCUCUACACAGACAAGUGUAUCCUACCAUGUCCCUGCCGAUUUUCAAGAUAUCGAUGAUAAAACCUUGAAUGAGCUGUUGGACGAAGCCGAGCUGUGGCAAAAUAGUGAUAAUGAGAGUGAUCAAGAUAUUUUACGCGAGGUUUUGCAUGGUUCUUCCCUACCCAACGAAAAGAAAUCGUCUUCGCAUAUAACCCAAAACAAGUUGGAUGCAUUACAGAAUACUUUUCUGCGAGACGAACGGGACACAAUGGAUGAUGAGCCCACCGGAGAUCUCCUGGCACAGAUAAAAGAUGAAGUCCAACUUGAAAAUAAAUAUGCCGCCUUUGCUCAACAACGAGAUGAGGAACUUGAAAAACGAUAUCUCCAGCUCAAACAAAAUCCUCCAGCUGCACUAAAUUUUACAGCAGACGAAAGGGAAUCAUCCUACCAAACUCAGGGCACGAAUGAUAGCGCCUUACGGUCAAGCGUACCAAAGCCCUUGCAAUGGAACGAAAUAUAUGACGAGACCGACGAUUGGUGCUCAAUAUGCAACGAAGACGCUACUCUUGUCUGUCCAAGUUGUGAGGAUGAAAAGUACUGCAAACGAUGUUUCGUCGAAACGCACCACGGAGAAAUGGCCGACUAUGAUGCAACCAAACAUAUCCCCAAAGCAUGGUCUCGAAGACAGCAGUAG